GGCCUGCAGCUUCCUAAUUUAUGUCCUGUACACCCGCUCCCAGGGCUGUUUCGGCAGCACAGGCACAUUUCUUGCGCGGCACGUGCCCCACUACGCACCGGUCACGCGGGCCUAUCGCGACCAGCCGAUUGCGAUAAAGCUCAGGGCCCUUGUCCGUGGAAAGUGACGGCGAUAACCACUUCGCUCUGGCUACCACCUCUGCUGCCCUGCCUUCAGUCGCUCUUUCCACCCAUUCCUACGGUAUCUUGGUGCUGGGAGAAGCAGAUGUGAUCCAAUCUCGAGUCUGACUUUAUUUUUCUAUUUGCCCGCCUCGGAGGCCUGCGAAUCUCCCAUUCCCCCGAAUCCCCUUCUCUGGCGGCGCAAACUGCGGUCUUGCCUCCCCCUCCAAAGACUUGACUCGAAAGCGACUAAAUCGGUCACAACCACCUGCGCAACCCCGACCGCGAAAAAAACGAAUUUUGCACAGAGCACUUCGAUUGCCGGCCCAGCUUGGCGCUUGUGAUGACGUGCGAUACUUGGGCGUUGCAGCUGCUGGCAACACGGGCUUGAGGACGGGUGCCGCGCAGCUGGCAGGACGUUGGCAGCCACACCGCGGUGAGCCGACCCUUUAUCGGCCUUGUUUCAAAGCCUCACACCUUACUUCUCUCUGCCUGUGCCCGUUCCCGCCUGAUUUUUCUCCGCGGUACACCCGACGUUUCCCAGAUCAAGCUCUUGAAACUGCAAUGCAACCCCGGAGAUACAACGCCUCAUGCUGACCUUCGGUGCGGAUUGAGGCGUUUAGAGGCAGCCUCGUUACAGCCAGGCAACAUGUGGACCCCAUCGGCGCUGCUGAACCCCAAGGCUGGGCUUGUCCCGCCGGUCAGGCCGCAGUCGGCGGGCGGCGUUCCGGUUUCCUCGACUCCGCCUGUCUCGUCGGAGCAGCCAGAGGUGUCGUUUCAGUUCGCAAGUCCCGGCGAGAGCCUCGACGUCGACUCCGCCGGUAUUCCCGCCCACGGCCAGAACGUCCCGCAACACCACCCCCCGACCAUGCCCAUCUUCCAGAAUGGUUUUGGCCAGCAGAUUGAGCGUUUGCAUAACGUGCAAGAGCGCACCGCGGUGCCCCAGCCGAAGCGCCGGAAGACUAUGAACGAGAACGACCAUUUGCCUUCGCUCUCAACGAACAGCCCCUUCUCUGGCGUUGGCAGCGGCGUUCUCAGUCAAGACAUCAAGCAGCAGCGGCGCCAAUCUGGAGACUCUGUCCAGCCUAGGCAAGUGCCGAGGUCGCUGGAGACCAUUGACUUGACCGAGGGCGACUCCGACACAAACUCGCUGGCUCCGAUCCCGAAGGACCCGAUCAAGGACGAGGAAGUGUGCUACGGAAUGGUUGAGGGCGCCUCGAUUAACUGUCACCGGGUCCCGGCGCCCAAGCCCGGCAUGGUCUCCAUCAAUGGCGACGAUUACUGGCCGCAGGUCAAGGUCGUGCUCAAACGCAAGGCGGACGACCGGUCGAGUAGGAUUUACGUCUAUGACUACACCCGGCGCAUCUUCGGCACGGUUGACGCGAAGACAGCCGAGUGUCUAGCCCCUCUCUUGGACUCGAUGCUUCAAAUCCGCACCGAUUGCCGGAUCCCCACCAGGCGGAAACUCCCGGGCGAGCAGAUCGGCCAGCCAGCCUCAUUCAAUCACAAGUUUGAGCUGAUGGUCUAUGGGCCCCGCAAGUUCGCCACCCAGGUCGGCAACCAUUUAAUGGCGAGGAGAGUAAAUCUCGUGAGCCCGCCCCGGGUGGAGGUUGGCGUUAAAGUUCUCAACCCCAUGGCAAAGGAGAGCCGGCUUCCGACCGUGGCACGCUUCAAUGGCGCCGGGAGCAGUCACUACCAUGGGCCGCCCGUGGUUCGCUCGGCUGAGGAGAUCCGCUCCGAAGUCCUGGGUGUCUUCGACUCUCUCCCAAAGUCGGAGGAGCUGCCCGAGGCGGAUCCCGACGAACGGAUCCAGACAACCUUGCUGAAGCACCAGCGACAGGCGCUAUACUUUAUGACGUCUCGCGAGUCUGAGCAGCUGCCGGACGCGGGCCAAGGCGUUGUCACGUCCACUUGGCAGCGCAAGAAAGACCGCUUCGGCGGCGUCCUCUAUUACAACGUCGUGACGAAUGAGACACAGAAGGAGCAGCCCCCGCCCACCUUAGGCGGUAUCCUUGCUGAUAUGAUGGGGCUGGGCAAGACGCUCAGCGUGCUGUCGCUCGUAACCAAAACUCUGGACGACGCGGAGCGUUGGUCGCGACGGGCCCCUGUCCAACCGAAGGCACCAGAGCGGAAGCCGCCGCACACUCUUCACCAAUUCGAAGUCCCGAAGCCCGCAGCGUUGGACCUCACCCCGGUGCGGCUGAACGCAAAGGCAACCUUGCUCAUCUGCCCUCUCAGCACCGUGACUAACUGGGAAGAGCAAAUUAAGCAACACAUCAAGCCCGGUGCCCUCUCGUAUCACAUCUACCACGGGCCCAAUCGCAUCAAGGACGUUGCGCAACUGGCGCAGUAUGACUUGGUCAUCACCACGUACGGCUCCGUCGUGAGCGAGCUCAAUAUGCGGUUGAAGAAAAAGAGGGGCACAUACCCCCUGGAGGAGAUUGCUUGGUUCCGCAUCGUUCUCGACGAAGCCCACCAGAUCCGCGAACAGUCGACGCUUGGAUUCAAGGCCGUUUGCCGACUGCAGGCGAACCGGCGGUGGGCAGUCACCGGGACCCCGGUCCAGAACAAACUGGAAGAUCUCGCGGCGCUGCUGGCAUUUUUGCGCUUGAAGCCAUUCGACGAGAGGCCCAAGUUUCUGCAGUACAUUAUCCAGCCCUUCAAGGUGGCCGACCCGGAGAUCGUGCCCAAACUCCGUGUUCUCAUCGAUACAAUCACGCUGCGGCGGCUCAAGGACAAAAUUCAUCUUCCCCCGCGAACGGACGAGGUGGUCAAGCUGAACUUCACCCCAGAGGAGCGGCAGGUGUACGACUGGUUCGCCAAGACGGCCCAAGAUCGGGUCCGCGUCCUGACCGGCCAAGGCGCGGGCCAGGACCGCAUCAUGGGCGGCAGAACCAUGAUACACAUUCUGCGGUCUAUCCUGCAACUCCGCUUGAUUUGUGCGCAUGGGAAAGACCUGCUUAACGACGAGGAUCUCGCUGAUCUUCAGGGCAUGACGGCAGACACGCCCAUUGAUCUGGACAGCGAUGACGAGGGGGCGAGACCCGUGUUGCAGGAGAAAAAGGCGUAUGAGAUGUUGUACCUGAUGCAGGAAGGCAACAGCGACAACUGCUUCAGGUGCAACUGCAAGUUGGGCGCCAUCGAGGUAGACGACCCGGAUUCGGACAGCCAGGACGACCUCCUCGGGUACAUGGCGCAGUGCCUUCACACAUAUUGCCCCUCUUGUGUCAAGUUUCUGCAAAACGAGCAGAUCGGCUGCGAUGUCUGCGCCCACACCGACAAGUCGUCUUGCAUCGAGCUGCGGCGCAAGCGCGCCGACAUGGAGCACGAGUCUCGUGCGGCCAAGAAUAAGGGCGGCACGGGCAAGAUCAUUCCCGAUGAUCGCUACAGCGGCCCGCACACCAAGACUCGGGCACUUAUCGAGGAGUUACUUGCUAACAAGGAGAAGAGCGCCAUGUGCCCCAACGAACCCCCCUUCAAGUCUGUUGUUUUCUCCGGCUGGACUUCCCAUCUCGACCUAAUCCAGAUCGCGUUGGAUAACGCCGGCAUCACGUACACCCGGCUCGAUGGAAAGAUGUCGCGCACGGCCCGGAACGCUGCCAUGGACGCCUUUCGCGAUGACCCGUCCGUGCAAGUCAUCUUGGUUAGCAUCAUGGCCGGCGGCCUGGGCCUCAACCUGACGGCCGGCAAUAGCGUCUAUGUCAUGGAGCCGCAGUUCAACCCUGCUGCUGAGGCGCAGGCUGUCGACCGAGUGCAUCGUCUGGGCCAGACCCGGGCGGUCCGCACGGUCCGCUUCGUCAUGAGGGACAGCUUCGAGGAGAAGAUGCUCCAGCUGCAGGACAAGAAGAAGAAGCUUGCCAGCCUCAGCAUGGACCGUGAUCCCAACGAUAAGAUCACCGACCGGACUGAGGCUGCCCGUCAGCGCUUGAUGGACUUGCGCAGCCUCUUCAAGUAAGCAGUUGGGCUGGCAACUGGCGUUCCCCUCCCCUCCCUCGCUAUCCUGGGCAGGACCUUCUGGAAGGGCGUCCGUCCUCAGCUCGAAGACCGACGAGCCCGACGCAAAGAUAACGAGACGCAGCUUUCCCAAGGCUCUUAGACAUUAUUGGAUGACGGACGGCCACAUGAGCACGACGACGACGUUACGACCGAACAUCCCCUUCAUGGUCAUUUAAACAA